AUGAUUGCAGCAUCCUCGCACCCAACUCUGAACAGACAGAAGACAGCAAAAUCAGAAAGGAACUCUUUUUCAGCAUACAACAGCAAAUACCUCACAGUUCCUCAAAACCGGACUUCCUUUCACAGCAGCAGGAUCAAUGGAGCUUUUGAAGCACCAAGCUGUCUGGAGUCCUUCAGCAGUUCUAUUAUAAACAAUUACCUGGAUGGGACGCAAGAAGGUGCUGUGGACAAGGUGUCCCCAAGUGGCAUGCAUUUCAGGGACAGCAAGAGAAAGGUCGACUAUGUGUUAGCCUACCACUACCGAAAACGCCUUGCUCGGCACCCGCCAGGUGUGGGCUCACCUGAGCUGAUGCACAGAUCUGCCUCCUUGGCCCUGGUUUCGAAUGGAGGGACUGAGAAGGGCUGUGCCGAGACACAGCAGCAGGAGAGUGGCCGGCGUGUCCAACACGAGCAGCCAGGGCCACCAGGGGUGGAGGUGAUUGAGCUCAGCCCGCUGGAUGCCCUGGAGGAGGAGAAGCGGCUGCAGCGGGAGGAGUACGAACGCAACCUGUUGGAAGCGGGGCUGGAGAUAGAGAAAGACCCUGAGAAUAAGACCCAAGGGCUGAGUUUUGUCCGUAUCCAUGCACCUUGGCAAGUACUUAGUCGAGAAGCGGAACUCCUUAAAAUAAAAAUGCCCACUAAAAAGAUGUAUGAAAUCACAGAAGAAGGAGGAAUACUCAAAACAUUAAAUGAAAUAUGGUGCAAAUUGACUGAACCUCUGCAACCACAGGUGCCACAACAAGAAAAUAACAACAUGAAAAGCCUGUCUUAUCCAUUUUCCAGAGAGAAAAUAUAUUUGUAUAACAUUAAAGACAAAGACACCUUUUUUGACAAUGCUACCCGCAGCCGAAUAGUACGUGAAAUUUUGAAGCGCACAACUACAAAGGCCAGAGACAGCAUGGGUAUUGGCACAUUAAUAGCAAACAAUGUUUAUGAUGCAGCAUACCCACUUCAUGAUGGUGAAUAUGAAGGCCAAAAUGAUGACAUGAAUGAAAGAAAGUUGCUGUAUCGAGAAUGGGCAAGAUACGGAGUAUUUUACAAGUUUCAGCCUAUCAACCUUAUAAGAAAGUAUUUUGGAGAAAAGAUAGGACUUUAUUUUGCAUGGCUGGGUUUAUAUACAGAAUUCCUCAUUCCAGCUUCAGUAGUUGGGAUUAUUGUAUUUCUUUAUGGAUGUAUAACCAUUGAGAGCGACAUUCCAAGUAAAGAAAUGUGCGACCAACGCAAUGCCUUCACCAUGUGCCCCCUAUGUGACAAGUUCUGUGAUUACUGGAACCUCAGCUCUGCUUGUGCUACCGCUCGAGCUAGCCACUUAUUUGACAACCCUGCCACAGUCUUCUUCUCCAUCUUUAUGGCUCUCUGGGCUACUAUGUUCCUUGAACAUUGGAAGCGUUUGCAGAUGAGAUUGAGUUACUUCUGGGAUCUAACUGGACUGGAGGAAGAAGAAGGCAUGGUCAUGGAGCAUUCCAGACCAGAGUAUGAAACCAAACUGCUGCAGAAAAAGCUGAAACAUAAAACCAUCACAACAGAAAAUUCAGAUGAAAAGCUGACAUGGAGUGACCGUAUGCCUGGAUAUGCAGCAAACUUUGGAUUGAUUUUAUUUAUGAUUAUGCUGACGUUUUCAGCAGUGUUUGGUGUGAUUGUAUAUCGAAUCACUACAGCAGCAGCUUUGUCGUUCAGCACAAAUGAGACAACCAGGUCAAAUGUUCGAGUGACUGUGACCGCAACUGCUGUCAUCAUUAACCUUGUUGUGAUACUUAUACUUGAUGAAAUUUAUGGAGCUGUUGCCAAAUGGCUGACAGAAAUUGAGGUACCAAAAACAGAGAAAACCUUUGAGGAGAGACUGAUUAUGAAGGCUUUCCUACUGAAGUUUGUGAAUUCUUAUGCACCGAUUUUUUAUGUUGCCUUUUUUAAAGGAAGGUUUGUUGGCCGUCCUGGUCAUUAUGUAUAUGUGUUUGAUGGUUAUCGAAUGGAAGAGUGUGCUCCAGGAGGCUGUUUGAUGGAACUCUGUAUUCAGCUGAGCAUCAUUAUGCUUGGAAAACAACUGAUUCAAAACAAUCUAUUUGAAAUUGGAAUCCCGAAGCUAAAGAAGCUCUUCAGGAAGCUGAAGGAUGAAAGAACUGAGCCAAAGGAAAUGGACACCAACCAAUCAAAAGACCCUCAGCAAUGGGAUCUUGACUACAUCUUGGAACCUUUCACUGGGCUGACUCCAGAAUACAUGGAAAUGAUUAUCCAGUUUGGCUUUGUCACACUCUUUGUUGCCUCCUUCCCUCUGGCACCUCUGUUUGCUCUUCUGAACAACAUCAUAGAAGUGCGGCUUGAUGCAAAAAAGUUUGUUACAGAACUGAGGAGGCCAGACACAGUAAGAGCAAAAGAUAUAGGAAUUUGGUAUAACAUUUUGAGUGGUAUUGGAAAGCUUUCAGUUAUCAUUAAUGCUUUUGUAAUUGCUGUCACGUCUGAUUUCAUUCCACGCCUUAUGUAUCAAUAUGCAUACAGUCAAAAUGGAACCAUGCAUGGCUUCAUUAAUCACACGCUUUCGUACUUCAAUGUCAGUCAUCUCAAGGCUGGAACACAGCCAGAAAACUCCCCGUUUGCACAGGAUGUUUUAUUCUGCAGGUUCAAAGACUACCGAGAACCACCUUGGUCCCAAAAUCAGUAUGAGUUCUCUAAACAGUACUGGGCAGUCUUAUCUGCUCGCUUGGCUUUUGUUAUUCUAUUUCAGAACUUGGUGAUGUUCCUCAGUGUUCUGGUUGACUGGAUGAUUCCCGACAUCCCCAAGGACAUCAGUGAACAGAUCAAAAAGGAGAAGAGUGUGCUUGUUGACUUCUUCCUGAAGGAAGAGCAUGAAAAACUGAAGCUGAUUGAAAGCAUUAUCACACGCGACAAGCAGAACCACAAAAGCGGGACCAAAGGCGAAAGGAUCCGGGCUGCCAGCUUCUGCCAGUUUAACCGAAGUCAGAAAGGCAGCUUUGCCUCCUUUAGCUCACAGCACACAGAAGUGUGA